AUGGAGAUGAACGACAUCGUAGCACACAGGUCGCCUCGUACGGGGAGCGAGACGAUGUUUCACGACAGGGCGAAUGCUGCGAUCAAGGCAGCCGAGGAGACGGAGGAGGCGAGGAAAUGGCGCGCAGUGCUUCGAGUGAUGGCCGCUGAUUAUAAGAAGCUCGGGCGAUGCCAUGGAUUGCUUCAGCAGGACUACGAGCGGCGGCGGGUGGAGAUGGAGCAGCUGCAGCAGCAGUUGAAGGAGCUUGCUGCGCACAAAGAGUCCCUCCGCGGGGAGAUCUCCUCCAAUGAUGCGCGGGCGCGGGAGACGGAGGCGCAGCUACGCGCGCAGAUGCAAGCGGAGCGAUCAGAGUUGGAACGGGGCGCAGCCGUCGCUUCCGCGCGCUCGGCUUCCGACCUCCGCGCGGCUCUCUCCGCGCGAGACGAGGCGUUUUCGCGCGAGCGCGCGGGGCUCGCGCAGCAGCUGGCGGACCUGCGGCGGGAGCUUCAGGCGGAGCGGGAGAAAGAGCGCCCGUGCUUCGAGUGCGCGGAGCGCGCCUGGCGGGACGAGGAGGAGGCGGAGGAGGAAGCGGAGAGGAGGAGGCGCAGCGAGGCGGAAGUUGCGCGCUGGCAGCAGGCGGCGGGACUUGCGGCGGCGGGACUCGUUAUAGAAAGCGCCGCUAAAGAGUUCCUCUUAGACCGAGUGGACGAUCUGGAGCGAUCCGAAGUCGAGAUGGAGCAAGAGCGACUCGAGAGCGAGAGGGCGGAGCGGGAGGAAGGGAGGCGGGAAGGGGAAGCGCGCGCUCGCGCGGAAGCCGGAAUCCAGCGGGAGCAGAUCUUGGCGAAAUGGGCGGAGGAGCGGGAAGCGUGGGGGCAGCGCACGGCGGAAAAAGACCAGGAAGUUGCGCUACUGGUGGCGGAGAAGGCGGACGUAGAGAUUAGGUUACGGGGCGCGGAAGCGGAGGUGGAGAGAGUUAAAGCGGAGGCGGCGGCGCAGCAGCGCGUGGUGGAGAACCUCACGCGCGACCGCCACAUGCUCGCGCGCAAGUCGGAGGAUCUUUCCGCGCGCGCGGCGGCGGCGCAGAGGCGCGCGGAUGCGGCGGAGGAGGCGGCGGAGGUGGCGGAGACGCAGGCGGAGGACGAGCGCGACCUGGCGGCGUCGCUGCAGCGGGAGCUGCAGAUGCUGAAGGCGAAGUUCCUCCACCAGGAGGCGGAGAAGGAGAAACUGGAGAUGGAUGUGGCAGAGGCGCGCGACCAGCUGAGUGUGGUGGAGGAGCAGGAUGCGAUAGUGAGGAAGAACCUUCGCAAGGCGGAGGAGGAGGUGAGAGCCCUUAGAUUGCGGACACAAUCCACAACCCUCACCCUUCCGUCUCCCAUGUUCUCCCUCGUCUCGUCUUCCCACUCCUCCUCCUGUCCACCCCAGCUUGACGUGUUGGUGGAUGAGUGUGCGGAGAUGAGGCGCAUACUGCGGCUGACAGUGCAGGCGUUUGACUACCACAAGGACUCCAUUCUGCACCUACCUGGGGUGAGUCGUGCCACCUUCAAUAUUGUCACCCUCUGUUUAGUCACACUCAGUAUGGUCACAUCGGAGUCAUCAUCUCGCAUACUGCGGCUGACAGUGCAGGCCUUUGAUUACCACAAGGACUCCAUCCUGCACCUACCUGGGAUGAAGAGCCUAUCAGAUCAGCUUGUGAGAGCAGCAGCAGAGUUUGAGGAUGAGGAACAAACAGAUGGUUAUGACAGCGUGGCAGGAGGCAGCUGA